AUGGGCCGCGCUCCGGCCUACAUCUUCGUCGUAAGACACGGAAACAGACUCGACGCCGCCAAUAAGCAGUGGCACCUCCAAUCACCCACUCCGUACGACCCUCCCCUAACGUACAGCGGAUGGAACCAGGCAAGGGCGGUCGGACAGAGGAUCGGCGAGAUCUUGCGCGAUGGCGACAAGGAGAGGGACAAGGAGCAGCAAGCCGACUCACUUGCCACUGACGGAACCCCGAGAAAGCGUCGAAAGUACAAGGUCGCCAUACACAGCUCGCCUUUCCUGCGCUGCGUCCAGACCUCGAUAGGCAUCAGCGCUGGCCUGGCUUCCAUACCCGAGCCUCCGACUCCCACCGUCGCUCGGGCAUCCUCCACGCACUCCGUCACAAACCCUCGUCUCCGACCAACCGUACAACCUGACGUUUCUGUACCGCCCCCGACUCCCCCCACAAGUUCGCGUCCCAGUUCGAGAGCAAAGUCGGCUAUACAAAAAACUGUCCUCAGGCUCGAUGCUUUCCUCGGAGAAUGGCUCACCCCGGGCUACUUCGAGCUCAUCACUCCGCCGCCCGGUUCGGGUCUGAUGCUUGCCAGUGCCAAGGCGGAACUGCUGCGGAAGGAGGAUUACUCUAGUUAUCCCGGCCUGUAUGCGCACCACGCCCAACACAACUCCUCGUCGGGAGCUGGGGCUGGUCAGAUGUGGGGCCAGUCCCCAGUUGUCGCAGCGCCUGAAAAUGGCCUUGAAAAUGUGGGCAGCCUCGCUGAGGCGAUGAGACGGGCCGGCAGAAGCGACAGUGUGACGAGUAACGGAGAGUCGCAUCUGAUCACUGGCGGUGCCUAUGUUGCUCCUAUGCCCACGUAUGCGCUUUCGCACAAUGCGGAGAUCCCCAGGGGCUAUGUCCCACAUGCCAGAGACAACUGCUGCGAUAUUGACUACCAGUGGGACUCGAUGCGGGGGCCUUUGGACUGGGGUGACGGAGGAUCGUACGGCGAGGAGUGGACCGCGAUGCACCAUAGAUUCCGCAAGGGUUUGCAGAACCUGGUCGACUGGUACGCCACGCACGAGCGUCCAGCGGACAUGGUGACAAAGGAGAGGCGGGAUAGCGUUACGGCGAGCGACGACGCGAUCGACGACGAGGAGGAAGAUGUCGAGACGGAUGGGGGUAUCACGGUUGGGAGCGGCGUGACUUCUUUUCUGAAGCAGACGCCAACGUCGGCCGCGGGUGGACUCUGGUCUCCACUUCGGAAUACCCUGGAUACGCCGGACGAGGGUGACGAUGAUGACUUCCUCCCGAACUUCACAAGCUUCGAUAUCGUGUCGCCAAGCACAAAAGCUGAGGACCCUGGCAAGUCAGCGGCUGAACCACCAAGCACCCCGAAAACAAAUGGAAACGGAACGGGCAGGACGAGGGCAGACAGCCGUGUAUCACCGCGAGCAAUACCGGUGACUGAGUCUUCACAACACGAGGAGGAAGAGCGUCACGCGGUUCCUGCAUUGCCACAGCUAGGGUCAGGGACGGGUGGACUAUGGGGAAGCCCCAAGCCCAUCGGCACGACAGAGAUACCGCGUGAUCUGACGUCCCCGAAACGAAGAUGGACAGUGACGGAGAGAUGGACGUGA